ACGUCCCCCGCACUUUUAGAAACUGGUGAUUCUGACCCCUGCUAUUUUUUUGGAUCCAGCGUGAAUAUUUCCGGCACCGGCAGUGUUCUCUGAUUUGUUACUUAGAUUUGAGUGAACUAACAUUCAGCCAAUCACAGAGCGAAUCAUCUCUUGGGCGCGUCUGCUAUGAGCUUCAAAUCUCUUGUUGGUGUUGUGAGUUUUCGUUCGUUCAUUCGCCGUCUGGGAUAAAAUGCACCCCAGAAAAAAAGCAAAGGACGAUUACAUCCUUUUUUCAAACACACACUGUAAGUAUGUUACAGUAUGUCGUGAUGACACGAAUCACGCGAUAAAGUUUUCAUGUUAUGAUUUAAACUACUGUAACGUCAAAAGACAACAGAACCUGUAUGGACCUCGUCACGUCGCGCCGGAUUCAGUGUGUUAAAUGCUCUCCUACUUGUUGCUUUGUAUAAAAGCGUCUGCUAAAUGAGACGUAACAAAUUAUUGGUUUCUGCUGUCUUUUGUUGCCUACGUGCUGCUCGCGGAGUAGAAUUAUCCUUUCACAAUAAAUCAAAUUUGUUUUGCACCGAAUAUCUUAAAAUACUUUAUCAAAUUUAAAAUAUAUAUUUUUUUAUACUUUAUGUAAAUAUUCUACUUUAUGUCCUAACUGGUCUGUAGGAAAGGCAGGCUGUGACGUCACUGACAGAGAGAGGGGACAGUUGCUCAACCUCUCCAGAAUGUGUACAGGUGAGAUUUGUAUAAAAAAAAGCAGAUUGACUAUUUUAAGGCAGUGUUUUCUUAAUUGGAACUGUUUGCCAAUAUUUUAAGGAAUUACACAUCAAUUUAAUUCCUUAAAACAAAAGAUCAACCAUCAAUCACCUUUAUUUAUAUAGUGCUUUUAAUAAUACAGAUUGUGUCAAAGCACUGAACAGUAUCAAAUAGGAGAAUAGAGUAAUUUAUAAUGACAAGAUUAAACACUGAAUUUCCAGUUUAAGGCAUUUUAUUAUUGAAUGCAGAGAAUAUUUUAAAUAUCAUAAAAUAUCUUUAUCUAAAUAAAGUAUAGAUGGUCUCACAUUGGUCUCAAAGUCCUGCAGUAUUUUUAAAUUUUGAGGAUGAUUUCACAAAAAUAGGUUCCUGUAAGCUAUCACGGCAUGUUCCCAAAAUUGCCACUGGGGUGCUGUAAAAUGCCAAUUGGUAUUCUAUUUAGAAUUUAUUAUUAUGAACAUCAGCUUUGGGUCACAUCACCAUACAGCUGUCCCCCCCACUUUUAAAAUGGCUGCUACGCCCCUGACUGGAGUGACUUUUAUUAUGAAACAUCUCGUUCGUGACAUUAGUUUCCGCUAUUUUACUUUCACUUUCACAAGCCGCUCGCUGUCCAUUUCUUCAUGUGUUAAUGCGCGCGAUGGAAUACCACAUUUAAUACAUGGUGUAUAUGUUAGAAAAUUCAGCACAACUGAAUGAUGCCAAUGGAUGUGAACAUUCAAAUACCAUAUAUAAAGAGUUCAGUUCUCCUGUCAUUCUUCGGAGACCCGUGUUUGUGCAUCCACCUGUAAAUGCGUGUUCCUCCCCCCCAAACCAGUUCAGCGGUAACCCCUGGAGCCGAUUCUAAACAUUUUAUUGGCCAUGUCAAUCACAGUAAUGAUUACCUACACCCCCAGUCACUGUAACUUCAGCCAACGAAUUGGUUGCAGGGCGGGGAUUUCCGCACAACAGUUCGCGGGAAAUUUCUUUAUAGAGUAUUGGCGCGCAAAGUGCAUGGAAAGCAUGGACGUGAUUUUAAGUUUUGUGUUUUUGUUUUUAUUUGCAGACGGUUCAUCUGGCACUAAUAGAGUUAAAGUGUCUGUGAUGGAGGGAGAUUCAGUCACUCUAAACACUAAUGUUGAAACAGACAAACAAGACGAUAUCUCAUGGUAUUUUAAUAACACUCGCAUCGCUCAAAUCACUGGAGAUCUCAGUUAUAGUUGUACAGAUGUUCAGUGUAAUGAAGGAACUGAGAGAUUCAGAGACAGACUGAAGCUGGAUCAUCAGACUGGAUCUCUGACCAUCACGAACACCAGAAACACAGACUCUGGAGAAUAUAAACUACUGAUCACCAGCAGCAGCGACAGUGAAAAGAUCUUCAGUGUUUCUGUUCAUGGUGUUUCUGCUGCUGAAAGAGAUGAAGUGAAGAGAAAGUCAGUGAAGGAGAGAGAAUCUGUUACUUUAGAUCCUGGUGUAAUAAAAAACCCAAAUGAUGAGAUGACAUGGCAUUUUAAUAACACACUCGUUGCUGAAAUCAUUGGAGAUCCAAGUAAGAUCUGUACAUAUGUUCAUACUGAAGAGAGAUUCAGAGACAGACUGAAGCUGGAUCAUCAGACUGGAUCUCUGACCAUCACAAACACCAAAAACACAGACUCUGGAGAAUAUAAUCUACAGAUCAGCAGCAGCAGCUUCAACAUAAAAAGGGGCUUCAGUGUUUCUGUCACUGCUGUUCCAGAUUCAGGUCUGUCUUCAGGUGCUGCAGCAGGAAUAGCUGUUGGUGUCUUACUGCUUGUGGCGGCUGUUGUGAUUUUUUGCUGCAAGCGUCAAAUAAGAAGAAAAGGAUGCAGGGAUGCAGCACAAUGAUCAGGCAGAUGGUGUUAAAGAAUUGUGCCCUAAUCAGAACGAGAUUUCACUGGUGGAUGAUGCCAACGAGACGUCCUAUAAUCAGACUGAGUAGAGGAUACUGACAAACACAACUAAUCAGUUGUCCCCUAAUCAUACUGAGAUUGAGCCUGAAGCUGCCAGUGAGACUUCAAUGUAACUUUCUUUUUUCUUCAAAAUUUAAUUGUUGUGUUUUUUGCCUUUUAUUAUGAGAAGACAGCGAGUAGACAGGAAGCAAAGAGGGAGAGAGGAGGGGGACAGGGUCAGGAAGGGUCUGCUAGCUGGGACUCAAACUUGGGUCACCUGAAGUUCAGUGGUUAUAUAUUUCAGCACACUACCCUUGAGCCUAUUGGUGCAGACACCAUGCAACAUUACUAAUUAUUUUGAUAUGUUAAUUGAAAUGGAAAAUGAGAAUAUGGAAAAUUUGAAUCCUCAAAUUUGUCAACCCUAACCAAUACCAAAAAUGAAAAUUAUGUGAAUUACUUACCCUCAUGCUGUAAGACCUUUGUUCAGUUUCAAAACACAUAUGCAGAUAUUUUUGAUGAAAUCUAACUUCUAUCUCUUCAUUGGUAAAGUAAAGAUAUUAUUAAAGUAAUCCAUGUGAUCUAGUGCUUUAACCUCAAUUUUAUGAAGUGACACCUGUGCUUCUUUGCACAAAGAAGACAUGAUUUACCACUUUAAGAAAAUAUUGACCUCCAUUCCAUUAGGGAGAGCACCACGCAUGUGUGUUGUGUUGACUCCAGAGCAGACACUGUUUUAUUUGUAAAUAAAAGGGUCGAUUGUUUUUUUGUGCAAACAAAGCACUCAUGUUGUUUCAUAAAAUUGAGCUUAAACCACUGGGAUCACAUGGAUUACUUUAACAAUAUCUUUCCUACUGUUGAGGGCCUUGAAUGUGCUAGUUGCGUUGCUGUCAGUGAAGGGACAGAAAGCUCUGAGAUUUCUCCAUUUGUGUUCUGAAGAUCUUACGAGUGUGAAACGACAUCAGGGUGAGUAAUUAAUGACAGAAAUUUCACUCUUGGAUGAGCUAACCUUUUAAGCUAUAUUGACAUUUCUUUAAAAGCUACAAAUAAACAGCAUACCACUAAUAACAUGAAGAACAAGGAAAUACUUAACAAGCAACAGAACAGUGGGGCCUUAACAUUUUUUAUUAUAGAGGUUUGUUAAAGCUGCUAAAUUGGCCCACACAGGAAGUUAGUUUUUGUUUCUUGUCAUUUACACUGUAAGAUCUAAUAAUGCACUGAUAUACCAGUUAUUUUGCCCUGUUUGGAUAUUGAAUCAUAACUGAUAGAAAUGACUGAAUUUGUUGCCAAGAUGGACACACAGCUGCAACACCUGCUCUUCACAGAAGUUUGUACAUGGAUGUGUAAAAUACUGUGAGGUAGUCAGGCAUUUGAAUCUGCACUACUGAUUUUGUUGGUGUUAUCACCGGUAUUGUUGUUAAUGGAGAAGACUAAUUAUGGUGCUAUUGUAACUAUUCGGUUGUUAAGUGUGACGUCAUGCUGCAGUGCUUCCGGGUCCAAACGCUCUUUCUCAUACCACAAGAAUACAACAAAUGGUGCUAAUAUACACACACGAUGUGGUGUAAUACUACAAAAAAUUAUAAUCAUAACCUUUAUCUCCAUACCAAAAUCCCAGAUGGCCAGACAGUGAUUAAUCUUUUAUAAAUCAUUAAAAUAUUAAUGUCUGUGACGCUGUGAGCACAGAGACUGUAAGUAUUUUUUUAAGUAUUGACUGUUUUGUAGACUGUAAGUGUUUUAAAUGUUUAAAUUUAAAAUGUUAAAUGUUUAAUAUGAAUAAAUAGCGCUCAUAAACGUCUGUGGAGAUGAUGGCAUUCUCAAGUGAAACGAGUCGAGGCUUGAACCCACUGACGGCGUUCCUCACGUCACGACUUAACAAGCGGAUAGCCUUUUUAACCAGCUUAAAUGGCAAACUGCCUGUGAUCAACCUUUUUUUUUAAAUUAUAAAAUACAUUUGUACAUUUUGUUUAUUUUUUUUUUACUUUAUAUCUUAAUUGUGUGACCACAAAAUUGAAUAAAAUGUUUAUGAAGUGCUGCUGAUAAUUUUCACUCUCUAAUAGGAACAAAACCUCUAAUGCCUCGCUUCUCUGGAAAAUAUUCCACAUAAAUGCUCACCUGAUCAGUUACUUGGCCUGUAAGCUAAGUUUUGUACUCCUGCCUUGACCCAUGCAACAUGCAGUGUGGUGAUUAAAUGGACAGUU